AUGCCCCUGGCUAAGUUAGAGAAGGGCGAGAAGCCCAGUGGUAGUGUUGUUGACAACACAGGCGAUUCCAAGCCAACGCUGUCUCUGCGCGAUCAGGAAAUUCUGAUGGCCGCGUGGUUGUCCAUCAAAGGAGCUGAGCCGCAACUGGCCAAGAUUCUCGGGCUCAAGAACGCUCACUGCGCAAACACCAUCUUUUACAACGUCAGAAAGAAGGUCAAGGCGUAUCACAACUGCACAGGUGACGCCAGUGACGUACAGUCUGCCCUGGCCUCGCCAAAGACACCGACUCCCCAGAAAAGGGCUGCGGCCAAGGGUUCCCAGACGCCCAGGUCAGGGAGAGCAGCGAAGCGUCCAAAAAUUGAGACAGAAGCACCUCUCAAAGACGAGCAAGAUGGUAGUGUCUAA